AAUGGAUUCAAUAGACUACUAAGAAGCUAAAUUCAAAUUUUAAGGUGUUCGCAAACACUUUUUUAAAGAUGUGGUUUAUCAUAUAACUGUGUUUGAUGAUAUGGUCACCAUGGGAACAGUAAAAAAAUUAUCUAAUUGUUUUAGACAUCAGAUUGCCAAAACCCAAAAUACAGAAUAAAGCUCAAUCUUGAAACAAAAAUAAAUUGGGAAUUAAGAAAGAAUAAGACAGAACUUGAAUGCUUUGAGUUUGAGCAUUAAAAUAAAAGGAAGGUUGUUCAUGCCUAACCAAAUGAUUUAUUUAAGUACAGUUUUGUUUAAGUAUUUAGAUUCAAAGAACUAUUAGCAGGAAAAGUAACUUUUGAAGGCAUAGGUGAUUUAUUCUAACCUCUUUAUCAAAUAGGAAAAGGAAGCUCAGCAAAAGUACAGCUUGUUUGUUUAUAGAUAGGUAUAUAGUGCAAAGAGUGCUUUAGAUUAAAGAGUUUAUGCGGUAAAAGCUAUAGAAAAAGCCUUUUUAAAGAUAUCAGAGAAUGGAAACGGAUUAGUAAAUAUAUAUAAGAUGUUUAGUAAGGUUUUUAAUCGGAAGUUCAAAUUCUGAGGGCAUUAUAAUAAUAUGAAAAUAAUUUUCUGGUUUUGAAAGAGAUUUAUGAGGGUGAUAACACUUUAUAUGUAGUAACAUCAUAUUUAGAAGGAUUGAGUCUAAGUGGAGAAUUAGAAAAGGCUAGAGUACAAUUAAAUAUAUAUAUAUAGACAUUGCCUAAUAAAAAACUACCAAUAAAUACUAUCAAGACGAUAAUGAGGAAACUUUUAAGUAAUUUAAAAAUUUUACAUUCUCAUCGAGUAAUAAUGUCAUAUAGAAUUUUAGAUUAUUCAUAGAGACUUAAAGCCAGAUAAUUUAAUGUUUUCUAAAAAGAAUGAUUACACAUCUUUAGUACUUGUAGAUUUUGGAUUAGCAACUUCAGAACUUCUAGAUAAGUAAGAAUUAUAAAUAAUUAAAGAUAUUUAUUUCCAAAAUGUGGGACACCUGGAUAUGUGGCUCCUGAGGUUUUAACUUCUAGAUCAGAUAUAAGAUAUAAUUGUAAAGUAGAUAUAUUUUCUGCUGGAUGCAUUUUUUAUAAAUUACUUACUGGACAUAGUUUAUUUAUUGGUCAAACAUUUGAUGAAGUAUUAAAGUCCAAUAAAAUGUGUUAAAUUGAUUUGGAUUUACCAAUAGAUGGUAUUUAUAUUACAGAACAAUCAAUAGUAAGUAUUUAGAAUAUUUUAGGAUAUUUUGAGAAGAAUGCUUAAUAAGAAUCCAAAAAUUAGGAUGAGUGCCACUUAGGCUUUGUCUCAUUAAUUUUUAGAUUCUAAUAGUGAUUUUAGUACUUAAGCUAUUUAAUCAAUUAGUUAAUAAAUGACAAAAAACGCUAUAUAUUAAUUAAAUUUAGCAGAAUCUGAAUCAAAAUAUAAUAGUUAAAAUGAGAUCAACGAUGAAUAAUAAUAGAAUUCUAAAAUAAAUGAUACAAAAAGAUAUUUAUUAAUGAAUGAGAUGCCACUAUCAGCAAAAAGAGGUAGUGGAUAAUUUUCAGGUACAUUUUAUCAUAAGGAUCCUUUAUCAGCUAUAAAAACAAUAAAGAUAACUAAUGAAACAUCAUAACCACUUAAAUUAAGUACUCAUUUAUCACCAUCUUAAUUUUGA